AUGGCCCAAGAAAAUGUGAAACAGCUCCACAAAUGUAAAGCCGAAUUAGUUGAGAAAAAGGAGGAACUGGAAAAGCUGAAAGAGGAGAACUUGCAGAAAGAUAGAGAGCUCCUCCGACUGGAAAAUGAGUGCACCCUCAAGCAAAUGGAAGUCAUCCGUUUGCAGAAAGCAUCUCAAACUGUUGUAGCAGAAAACCCGACGGCAAAUGGAAAGCUGAAUGAAAUAAGAAGAAGGAAAGUUCAACUUGAAUUUGAAUUGGCUGAAGCGAAGGAAGAAUUAGAGACGACGGAGUUUGAAAAGAUGGAGGCAAUCUUGGAACUCGAAAGCCUCCAGGAAGAGACCUUGGCCAAGGACACGAAGAUCAGAGGCUUGGAAACUAAAGUAAAAAUGCUUACAGGAGAAGAGAAGGCGUCAAGGAAUGAAGGUGCUCCAUAUAUCUGGAGGGCGAGAAGAGCUGAAGAGAAAAAGACUUCGGAUAAAGCUCGAUGUCUGAGGAAGCCCCAGAUCAACUGCGAAGCUCUCUCCCGACAAAUUGACAGCCUCGACGAAAAACUUCGCCAAAUCAAGGAAUUUGCAGCCAACCUCCGAAAACUGGAGCAAGAGGCGAAGAUGUUCUGA